UCAUGAAGGAGGGAGCUGUCUGUUUAAAGCUUGCUGCAGUUUCAAACUGAUGUCUCGGGACUAUGAUGAACAGCAACUCCCCCACAUUUCAACUCUGAUCUCAAGGAUUUGCAGAGAAACAGUGAGCGAGGGAGGGAGAGAGAAAGAAGCAAAGGGAGGUGGGUGAAAGGAAUUCUUCAGUCAGUGGGGUCUCUUCUAGUUAAGAAACAGCCUCGGUAAACCUCAGAAAAGCCACUGGCGAACCAUCUAAGAGCAACACUAUCCUGAGAACCUAUGCUUAUUUGCGUACUCUUCCGAAAGAAAUGUGAAGUAAGAGAAGAAACAAGACGAAAAGGAAGAAGAAAAACAAUCCACUGCCUACUCAAAGAAGCCAGCUGCACACACAGAAGUUAGACCAGUGCAAUAGGCAAAGCAUUGAAGAAAGGGAAAGGAGAAAAUCAAGAAAGGAGCGAGAUCCAAGAGUCAAGCUGUAGCCAGCUGAAGCCAGUGGAAUGGACCUAGGUGCCAGUUGGAUUAACCCCCACGUACCCGCAGUGCUGUCUGAGGAGGAGGGCUGAGGAUCUGCUGCAAUGACAACAAACUCCUGAAUGAGGAUGAAUGGAGAUGUUCUUUAGCUAAGCCUCAAGACAACACUCUUGCCAAUUCCACCUCUGUGUGGACAGCUGGAGGAGGAGGAGGAGGAGGAGGAGAGGAGCCAGGGGGCCCAGAGCACUGCUGGUGCUACUGCCCCAGAGGAAAGGCAGGCGAGCGGGCAGGACACUGAGGAGGAACAGGGGACAGAGGAGGGACACGAGGGAGGGGGAGAAGUGGCGGGCAUCAGGCGUCGCAUGGCCGUGCAGAGGCUAGUGGCGGCAGCGGUGGCGGUAGCCCUGCUGUCCCUAGUCUUAAACAAUGUUGCAGCCUUCACCCCAAGCUGGGUCCUGCAGGCCCUGGAGGACGGACGCAAGCGGAGCGUGGGACUGUGGAGGAUGUGCCCCACUGGUGGGGAAAGGGGCCGCGAUGAUCUCCAAGCUGGGAGAAGGGGGCAGGGGACACAGAGGCAGUGUGAAAACCUGGGAUGGGGAUCUGAGUAUGCAGGCUCCCAAGAAUCCCGCAGCACUGUCAAAUUGCAGUUUGACAUGAUGCGGGCAUGUAACCUGAUGGCGACGGUGGCCCUGACUGCCGGUCAGCUGAUCUUCCUUCUAGGCCUGAUGGAACUACCCUUCAUCACACAGGAAUCCCAGUGGUGGGAGGAGGCCAUUGCUGCACUCUUCCAGCUAGCCAGUUUUGUGCUGGUGAUUGGACUUGUGACCUUCUACAGGAUCGGGCCCUACACACACCUGUCCUACUCCUGCUACUUGGACAUAGCUGCUUGCCUGCUGGCCACGAUGGCUGCGGCCAUGCUCAUCUGGAACAUUUUACAUCGCCGUGAUGACUGCCUUGCACCUCCAGUUAUAAUCAUCAGUCGCUCACUGGCCUCACCUUUCCACCCACGUCUCAACAAUGACUAUGUGGAGUCACCUUGUUGAGCCACGUGAAACAAACCAAUAAAGGGUAACUAACAAGGAUAUGCUCUCACAGUAUUCAUGUUUUACUCCAGCCAACAGCCUCCAAAGUGACUCUCAAGAGAAAAUGACUUUACCGCUGGACAGCUGGACUAACAUGUACAUGCGACUGUAAAACUCUAUAUUUCACAACUGUUCCACCAUAAACAAAGAUAUACGAAUUAUUUUGCAGCUUAGUGCACAAAAGUCACAGAUUUAACUUAAAUUUCUAUAUAAAGCAGCCCUAAACUUGCAAACAUGUUCAAUACUGUAUGAUGUUUCAUUUAUUCAUGCUUGGGUGAGCUAAUUAGUAGAUAAAUUCGGACCGUCUUGUAUGAACCAUCCUGCUUAUGAAAAGAUCAAGCUGGAACUUGACCUAUUUUGUUAUAUGUGCACUUAUUAAAUGGCCUCCUGCAUAAUUAUAAAUUGGAAA